GCUGAUUUUUGUCUCGGUCGCUGUUGCUUUCUGUCUGUUUCCUGUUGGGAUCAGGGGGAGGUAGAUAGAAAAAAAAAAUAGCUUCUACAUUUCACGCAAUAAUCAUGGAAAUCGACACACUUCUGGAGGCUCUGAAAGAUUUUGAAAAGGAAGGGAAGAAGGAAGCGUGUCCAGUUUUGGACCAGUUUCUUUGUCAUGUCGCAAAAACUGGAGAGACAAUUUGUUCUCGCACAGAUGAAGAACGAGGAACUUGUCCUGAACAAGCUUGUUCUCACACCAGUGAAGAAAAGGGAAUUUGUUCUGAACAAGCGUGGAUUCAAUGGUCGCAGUUCAAAAGCUACUUCCUGUUUAAACUUGAGAAGGUGAUGGAUGAUUUUAGAGCAUCAGCCCCUGAACAACGAGGACCUGCUAACCCUAAUGUGGAAUACAUUCCCUUUGAGAAAAUGAAGGAACGGAUACUUAAAAUCGUAGAUGGAUAUAAUGGAAUUCCCUUUACCAUUCAGCGACUCUGUGAAUUACUAACUGAUCCUAAGAGGAAUUAUGCAGGAACAGACAAAUUUCUCAGAGGUGUAGAAAAGAAUGUUAUGGUUGUCAGCUGUGUUUAUCCAACAUCAGAGAAAAAUGGUUCCAGUAGUUUGAACAGAAUGAAUGGAGUUAUGUUUCCUGGUAAUUCUCCUGGAUAUUCAGACAGAACCAAUGUAAACGGGCCUGGAACACCAAGGCCGAUGAUUAGACCAAAGCUUUCGUUAUCAAGUCCUUUAGCAACAAAUGGUUUACCUGACAGUACGGAAAAUAAAGAACCUACAGUAGAGCAGAUAGAGGAAAAGACUCACGGUGAAUCUGCAGCAGAAGGGGAAGGUGUUCUGGGCAGCCCAGUUAAAAAUAAACACCUUGAGGAAGAGGACCCUAUGGAGGCUGAGGGUCAUGAGGUAAAAAGGCUGAAGUCUGACAAAGAGGAAGAAGAGAAGGAAACUCCCCAAGCUGCACCCAGUGAAAGCUCUUCUGAAAUGCCAGAGGAAGCUGAAACCUCUUUAGCUCAUCAAGAGGGGGAGAAGUAUAGCAGUCAGUGUGCAGACCAACAAGGGUUAGAAGAAGAAGAACCUUCAAGCACGCAGACUGAAACCCCAGAUGGGGCAGCCAAUGAAGAGAAGGUUCAUAGUGAAGUCUCUACUGGCAGUGAAGAUUCUACUGAGGAAAGUAAUCAAAUGGACCAGUCAGAGGAGCAGACUCAGCCAGAGAAUGAUUUAAGCACUGAAGCCAGGGAAACCAAUGAGAAUACUGCCAUUGUCAGUAGCACCAGUGAAGAAUGCAGUGGGAAUGAAGAACCUGGGACAACCUCAUCCGUUGAAACUCCCGAAAUUCCAUCGGAGAGUGCAAUGGAAAAUGGCACAGAAGCUACAGAUACUGCAGAAGAACCUAUGGAACAAGACUAAUUAUAGAAUAUUUCUGGUGCAGUAUUUUCCAUGAGGCUCUGAUUUUACACUGUAAAAAAUAUAUGUAAUAAAAGUGGACAUUUAGGUUUUCAAAGAGAAGGUUCUCCAAGACUUCUCCAAGGAGUUAAAACCUGGAAGAGUUGCUCAUCCUAAGUACUGUGAAUUCCAGCUCCUUCAGAUCAGGCUUAACGCUGACAUUCUUGUUUUGGUCAAAUCAGUGGUUUGUGUAUAGAUUUUUAUUUAGAAUAAAGUUUUUAAACUGGAAGGUUAGAAUUAUUAACAACUUUUUUUGGACCUCAUUACAUGUUACAUUACAUUUUUCUGACUUAUGUGACAGGUUUUCAUACUACAACAUUUAAACACAUUUUUAGGGUUUCAUUUUAGAAUUCCAAACUUCAUUUUUAAUACUCUUAACAUUGUGGUGCAGUUCAUGCAAUUUUCUUUUGCUUUCUGUCUCCAAGAUGUUCUUUUCGAAAACUGCACAAGGUUUCAAUAUCUCCGUCUCACAAAACCUAACCUUACGUGAAACCCUAAAAUCAGCAAUGUGUUGAAUUGCCAGGUUUAAAACACAUUCCAAGAAAGCAAGUCAAACUGUUCACCACUGUCAUAUACAUUGAGGUGCCUGUAUCGGUGGGUUUCAUUCAGCUACAGGAGAACAUGGUUAAUGUGAGGGACUGAACUAAUUAUAAGCUGUUUGACUGAAGCUUUGAUUUAAAGAAUGAAUGCCUUUUCUAGCAAAUAUAAUGGCAUUGAUUAGAAAAAGUUAUUAACUCACAUUUUUCAAAUGGUGUGACUAUGUAAGGCGGUUAUUCUAAAAUUAUUUUGUGUGCAGAGGUCAUUUCUUAGACAUACCACGGACUGUAUUGGAAGAGCCAUCUAGCAUGUUAACAUUAUGUUGUAAAAAAAAAAUUAAAAUUAAAAAAGCCUAAUACAAAAAAUAUAAUUUUAGGGGUGCAUUGAACCACCAUAAUUUAUAUACAAUUUUGAACUGAAUGACCUAUUUUUUGAACAUACUACUUUGACAGCCAGUGGUUGUUUCAUAUUUGAAGACCAGCUCAAAGCACAAAUAUUCCUUCAGUCUCCAGAUAUUUUCAGUGUAAAACCACCUUUGUAUAUUCCGUGUCCUGUCAGCUACAACACUUGCUACAAUUACUGGCUGUCAAGUUUGUACCUGUUUCUGCAACUGUACUUUUUGAUAUUUAGAAUUUUUAAAUUUCUGUACCUAGAUUUUGUAGAUUGUAAAGUGUUCACGGCCUUUGUUAAACAGUAUAUAAUUUGGAUAAUUUCUGUGUGUAAACUGAAUGCUUGGGCUUUCAAUACAGUAUUCAUAUAAAGCAAUAAAUGUUAAAGUUAUAAGUGUGGGUAUGCUUUAUUUGUAUCAAUGCCACAACUAUUUUACUUUUGCAGCAAUAAAAGCUUUUAAAUAA